CUCUGCCGAAGUACAAGAGCCAAGAUGAGUCUUUCAGCCAAAGAGAAAACUCUUGUCAAAACUUUCUUCAACAAAGUGUCCGGAAGAGUAGAUGAUAUUGGGAAUGAGGCUCUGUCUAGAAUGCUGACUGUCUACCCUCAGACCAAGACCUAUUUUGCCCACUGGCAGGACCUGAGCCCCGGCUCUGCCCCUGUUAGGAAGCAUGGGAAAACCAUCAUGGCAGGUGUCAUGGAGGCGGUGGAGAAAAUCGAUAACCUCUGUGACGGUCUUAGGAACCUGAGUGAUCUGCAUGCGUUUGUGCUGCGAGUGGAUCCUUCCAACUUCAAAAUUCUGUGUCACUGCCUUCUCGUGGUGCUGGCCUUGACGUCACCUGAGGACUUCACCCCUGAGACACACGUCGCUAUCGACAAGUUCCUCGCCAGCGUGUCUCUGGCCCUGUCUGAGAAGUACCGUUAAACUGUGAUCGGAUUGC